UAAGUAUGGAUAUCCCUCCGGAUCCGCCGGAUCCUCCUGAUCCUAACGAUUCUUCCCAAAAUGUACAGACUCGCCUUCCUCAGAAAAGGCAUUUAGACGAUAAUAUAUCAAACCUUACAAAAUUAAAAAAAACUUCCGUGGAUAAUAAUCCCAUAGCGGCAUCUAUCCAGACAGUUUAUACUCACCCUAUGUUAUCUGAAGGUGAAAGAAGGUAUUCUGAAGCAGACACUGGUCCAUUCCUUGUCCACUUAAGUAAAAAUGAAACUGAUCCUGCUUCUGGUUCAACUUUGAGAUCUGUAAAGGUAGGCCAACUUUUAGUUACUAAUGGUAUUAAGAAUAUUAAACGUGAUGGCAUUAAAAAGAUAGGUAGGAAUCGAGUCUCUGUUGAAUUCUCUAAUGCUGAUGACGCCAACAAGUUUUGCUAUAAUCCAAUAUUGAGUAAUAACAAUCUUACUGCCUCCAUUCCAACCUAUAAUUUUUCUCGCAUGGGAAUAGUCAGAGGAGUUCCUACUGACAUUUCCAUGCAAGAAUGUGUAGAAGCCCUAGAGAUUCCCCAAGGCUUUGGAAUCGUUCUAAAGGCCAGAAGACUCAACCGGAAAAGGAAAACAGACGAAACUACUGAAUGGAUUCCUACGACUACUGUUGUUCUUACUUUACAAGGACAAAAAUUACCCGACAGAGUUUACCUUUAUAAAUCCUCCCUUAUCAUUGAGACAUACCAACUUCCAACUAUACAAUGCCGGAAGUGCUGCAGGUUCGGGCAUAUUAAAUCUCAAUGCCGAGCAAAACCUCGCUGCUUCCGCUGCGCCAAGGAACAUGAGGGCAUUGAUUGCAAUGUUUCCGAGUCUUCCGCUACAUGCAUCAGUUGUUCAGGUUCCCAUCUAGCUACUGACCCAGUUUGUCCUGAAUACUCAAGACAAAAAAAUAUAAAACAUAUUAUGUCUGAGGAAAGCAUUUCCUAUUCCGAAGCUUCCCUACGUUUCCCCAUGUCCCGCAAAUCCUUUGCUGAUGCAACCCGUCAAAUCCCUUCCUCUCCAAUUACGUACUCUACUCAAAAUCCGUCCUCUUCCCCUACCUCCUCCUCUUAUAAGAAAACCGUUUUCUUUAUGCCUCGCCCCAGAGCUCCUCUUGGAAAAGGCUAUGAUAAAGCAACCCAUAAUGACAUUGUUCGAGAUCCCCAACUAGAACCUCAAAAUGGGUGUGCCUUAUCAGGCACUACUCCAAUUACCAGAUCUCAAAGAGAGAGCAACGUCCUCAUCUCCUGCCUGACAUUCUUUUAUGACAUCAUUAAAACAUGUAGUGAUGUCGACUUACCGCACAACGUGAAGGAAAUGUUAUUCAAAAUUCUUGACACUAUUAGAUUAAAUAAUGGCUCCGAAGAGCCUGAUACAAUGGAAUGCUAGAAGCGUAAGACCAAAGAAACAUUCAAUCAUAAGCCUUAUUAACGAAUACGACCCUGUGAUAUUUGCCAUAUCUGAGUCGUGGUUAGUUCCUAAGACUCGUUUUACCAUCCCUAAUUAUGUGUGCCUGCGCAAUGACAGAGCCGACGGUUAUGCCGGUGCUGCUCUCAUCAUUAAAAGAUCUCUCCCUUUCUCCCAAAUCCCUAUUCCAAAUCAUAGUGAGGAUAUCAAUGCUGUUGCAGCAAAAGUUUUUGAUUUUACUGUUUUAUCUAUAUAUAUCUCGAAUCCUUGUUCCUCUUUAAUCCCCGAUUUGUACUAUAUAUUGUCCUCUCUCCCCCGUCCUAUUUUAAUUUUGGGGGAUUUUAAUGCCCAUCACACCUCAUGGGGCUCCCAUAAAUCCGACCUAUUUGCUGUAUCUCUAUUAGAAAUGUUUGAUGAUCUCAACUUAUGUAUUUUGAACAAUGGCUCCCCUACUCAUAUUGUUUUACCUAAUCAAAAUCCUAAAAGUGUUGUUGAUUUGUCCUUGUCUUCCCCCUCCUUAUCUCUGUCCUGUAAUUGGUCCACUCUUCCUGAUUCCCAUGGGAGUGAUCAUUUUCCUAUCCUCCUCUCCUUUGACCAUAACAUCCCCGAAGCCCUUUAUGUUCCUUCUCUAAAAUUCCACCUGUCUAAAGCUAAUUGGUCUAAUUAUUCAUACUCAUUAGAGAAUAAAAUUAAUCUUAUUCCCCCUAUUUCAUUUAAUAAUGUAUUGCUUGUUUAUUCCCAGUUUGAAUCCUCCAUCCUUUCAUCUGCCAAUGCUAAUAUCCCUCAGAAGAAACCAUGUCAUUAUAAACCCGCUACUCCUUGGUGGGAUCAGGAAUGUACAGAUAUUGUUCGCCAAAGAUCUGAUGCGGAAAAACUAUACAUUUCUAGUAUGACACCAGAAAAUUUCCUGAACUUUAAAAAGAUUUCAGCUAAAGUGAAAAGAAUCCUUAAUUCCAAAAAGCGCUCCGGAUGGCUCAAUUUUUGCGAAUCCCUCUCCCCUAAAACCCCUCCUUCUCUAGUCUGGAGACAAAUUAAAAAGUUUAGAAAGUCAUAUUCCUCAAUUUCCUUAACCUCUAACAAUACUUCCGUUUGGCUAGAUGAGUUCAUAAAUAAAUUAGCUCCUUCCACCGUCCCUGCCUCUGACCUAUUUCCCUCCUCACCUUCCUUCCUUCCUCCUACAAAUAACCUUGAUUCACCUUUUUCCAUGGAUGAGCUCUUAUGUGCCCUUGAUGGACUCAAAGACUCAUCUCCUGGUAUUGAUGAUAUUCCCUACUCAUUUUUAGUACAAUCAACAGAAAAGACUAAGGUAUUCUUUCUUAAUUUAGUUAAUUAUUUCCUCUCCACCGGCUUCAUUCCUCCUUCCUGGAAAACCCAAAUUGUAAUCCCUAUCCUUAAACCAAACAAGAACCCAUCAGAUCCAAACAGUUACCGCCCAAUUGCCCUGUCCUCCACUUUAUGUAAAAUAACAGAAAUUUUAUUAAAAAACCGACUAGAAUGGUUUGUUGAAAAUAACAAUAUCCUUGCUAAAUCUCAAUUUGGGUUUCGCAAGGGCUUUAGCACUUUAGAUAGUAUUGCUAUCCUCACUACUGACAUCCAAAUUUCCUUUAAAAAAAAACAGUUCCUUGCUGGAGUCUUUCUGGAUAUUGAAGGUGCUUAUGACAAUGUUAUUCUUCCAAUACUCAGGCAAAAAUUGCACCAGCUGAGUAUCCCCGAGAGGUUAACGAGGUUCAUAUGCAAUCUUCUUAUGUGCAGAUCAAUCCAAGUAAGAGUUGAUGGAUCCUUAAGUUCUCCUAGAUCCAUCUGGAAAGGUCUCCCGCAAGGAUCUGUGUUAAGUCCCCUUUUAUAUAGCUUGUACACCUAUGAUUUGGAGUCAUCUGUAAAUAGUUUUUGCAACAUCCUACAAUAUGCCGAUGAUAUUGCAUUAUACUGCAGUUCAUCCUCUAUGUCUGAAAUAGAAUGUAAUUUAAAUAGUGCGCUUUACUACCUACAUGAGUGGUUACAUCCGCAUGGCCUAUCUUUAUCCGUCUCAAAAAGCUCUUGUGUUAUUUUCACCCGCAAAAGAUUAGUUCCUCCUUUAAACCUUUUUUAUAAAAAUGAUCCCUUCCCUCUCCAUGAUAAUGUAAAAUUUUUAGGAGUAUAUUUAGAUACCAGAAUGACUGGUUUAGUCCAUUCAAAUUACAUUGCUGGGAAAUGUGAGAAAGGCGUUAACGUUUUACGUGCGUUGUCUGGAGUUAGCUGGGGCGCGCACCCUUUCUCUCAGAAGCUUCUGUAUAAUGCUGUGGUCCGUAGCCACUUUGAUUAUGCGUCAUUUUUAUUGGAACCAAGUAAUAAGUCCGGCAAUCAAAUUUGGGAUAAAAUCCAAUCUAAAUGCUUAAGGAUUAUUCUAGGUGCUAUGAGAUCCACAGCAAUUAACGCCUUGCAAAUAGAAUCCGGUGACCCCCCUCUUCAUUUUAGGAAACAGUACUUGUGUGAUAGAUUUACUUGGAAACUUUUUCAAAAUUCUUCCCAUCCUCUCCUUGCUAGAUUACAAAUUUUACACAGUUUAGUUGACAAUAAUUCAUCGUUCCCCCUCUUAAAAUCCUACUCAUUUAUUUUAGCAUUACCCUAUACUUUGUAUAAAUCCCCCUCCAAUCCUAUCUUUUGCUCUCCUUUUGAAUCCCUUCUUUUUCGCCCGAAUAUUGAAUUUUUUAAAAUUUCAAAACAAUCCCCCGACGCCAAUCAUAAAUUCAACAGCAUUUUAGCUGAGAAUUGGAGUGGAUGGACUCCAAUUUUCACUGAUGCUUCAAAAACCUCUGAUAGUGAAAGUGUGGGUAUAGCUGUCUGGAUGCCAAAAUUUGCCAUCAUGUUGUGUCGUAAAUGCCCACCAGUAACAUCUACCUUUGUGGGCGAGGCUUUAGCUCUGUUAGAAGCGGUACUCUACGUCCUAUCUCAUAAACUGACUAAAUCGAUUAUUUUCACAGACUCCAAAAGUUGUUUACAGGCAUUGACUUCUAAUCAAUUUCGGUCAAAGGUGAAAUAUCCUGUAAUUAUUAAAUUAAAAGAAGUCCUGUUAGAGUGCAAAGAAAAUGAUAUAGAUGUUACCUUGGCUUGGAUUCCUGGACACAGUGGUAUCACAGAUAUCUGCGCUUGACUGAUACAUUCGAGCUUCUUAUAAAUCUAUGAGAUGUAAAACUAUCCACAACGUGACAUUGGCAAAAUUGUGGCAACGCAGCACUGCCAUUCAUAAAAUAAAAUUGAAUUG